AGCGGAAUUAAUACCGUUGACAUCCUAUGAGGCGUGAGUCGUAGGAACAUUAGCUAAGUAAUGCGGUACUGAUUGUCCAGCUGCACACAAACAUACAGGCUAGCACAGUGGUGGCGUUUUAGUUCUGUACGGGCCUAACAACAGAUCCCAUCACAGUUUGGCGCGGGUGUUUCAUGAGAGGGCGGCGCCUCCCGACCCCAGGUCGUCUGUUUCUUUCGAAAGCUUGUCUUCUCAUUCUGUUCACUAUUCUACACACCAUUUUUGCAUUGUAUCCAUCUUACAACCCACUAGACAUUGUCCACUUACAGUGUUUUCCCUCCAUCUUUUCGAGCUGUUAGCUGUCAUCAUGGAUGUACUCUAUACUACCAGCAGACUGGUUGGACGCUUCCUCACCAAUGACAAUACCUUUGGUCCUGUGAGCGAAUCACUUGUGGAUUUCACACUUGUUUUUGAAAACUGCAUUCUUACUAUCAUUCCAACGUCCAUAAUCAUCGCUGCCUGUCCGGUGUAUGUGGCACACUACCAGAACGCAGCCCCGGUUGCUUCGCGCAAUGAUCAAUUCCGGAUCAAGACAUUGUUUGCUGUUGCUCUUCUAUCACUGGAAAUAGCCAGAUCCUGUCUCUACUUCCAAGUGCAGAGCGCUGAUGGUUCACUCUUGGCUAACACGGCGAUUGCUGCCAUGACUGUUUCCUCCUUGGGUGCCCUAGCACUCCCGGUCCUUCUCUACUACAACCAUGUUUAUGCAUUCCAGCCAUCAGCUCUCAUCAGUAUUUACCUCUCGUUAUCCGCAUUAUUGGAUGGUGCGAAAGUUCGCAGCGAUUUCUUGCGGCCAUCUAUGGGCGCCAUAGGUGGCUUGACACUAACAGUGCUCGUAGUCAAAGUUAUCCUUACGGUUAUCCAAGAAAUUCCAAAACCAGUGGAUAAGACAUUAAGAGGCACCGAUAAACUAAAUGGCGACGUCACGCUGGGCUUCUGGAUCAAACUACUAAUGUUUUGGAUAAACUCUACGCUUUUCUACGGCUUCCGACAUAGACUGACCAUGGCUGAGCUGGGUGGACUUGGCCCGAGAUUUGCAUACCAAACUUUAUCGGCAAAAUUUGAGAAAUACUGGGAUAAAGCUAACAAGGACGACCCCCAUGUUCUGGCAAAAACGUGCACUAGAGCAUUGAUCUGGCAUCUUGUCGCAGCUGCAAUACCAAGAAUUGCAAUUGCUGUCCUGUCCUACUUGCAUGUUUUCCUAUUACAGGCAGCCUUAGAUUACCUUGGUAAUCCCACAGCUUCCAGGGACGAUGCUAACCUGCUGGUUGGAGCUACAGUACUUCUCUAUUCUGGCUUAGCUUUAUCUACUGUGUUCUUCAGUUAUCUUUCAAACAAGCUCGCUGUUCGUCUCCGUGGGAUCUUGGCUUACCAGAUUACGAAGAAGAACUUAAAUCUGCCACAGUCAGCCGCACGAACAGCUGCUGCAUUAACUCUCAUAACAGCAGAUAUCAACGGCAUACUAGACACAAUUCGACAACUGUAUGACAUGUGGAUUGGCUUGUUCGAAUUGACCCUUGGAUUCUAUCUUUUAUACACCAUCGUCGGAGCUGCCUUCUUCCUCCCACUCGUACCUAUUUUUGUAUCAACUCUCUUGGGAUGGCAUUUUGGCAAACAAGUCGGGCCAGCGUUGAGCAAUUGGAAUCUUAGUAUUCAGAAACGCGUUUCCAAAACAGCUGGAGUUCUCUCUCAAAUCAAGGCUAUCAAGAUGAUCGGUUUAGAAAAGGUCAUCACCGGCCUAGUUCAAAAUCUACGCGAAUCAGAAAUCACCACCUCACAAGCGGUUCGAAAGAUCAGAAUCAUCCUGGUCGCCUUCCUUCCACUGAACUACUGGUUUACACCUGCUGCCAUUUUACUUGGUGGUAUCUACUGGACCAUCUGGCGCGACGGUCUGGAACCUACCUCUGUGUUUACAGUCCUUAACUUUGUUUGGCUUUUACGAAGCCCGAUACACUAUUUAUUCCAUGUAUCAACCAUCAUAAGCGGACUUCUAGCCUGCUUGAAUAGGAUACAAACUUUUUUGAACCUCCCAGAGCGGCACGAUCCAAGGGAGCUCCGAAUACUCCGAGGGGCUGCGUCUUCCACCACGCUGGAAGGCAAAGAAAAGGGAUUACAGGACGAGGAUGCAAAGAUGUCUACAAUUGAAAAAGAAAUGAGAGCCAGGUGUAUCUCACUCACCAAUGUAUCUGUCGCCGCGCAGAACAAUGACGGAGAUGUGCUGAAUGGACUAACACUCUCAAUCCCAACUGCAAAGCUCACCAUGGUCGUCGGUCCAGUUGGGUCUGGCAAAAGCGUCUUCCUAAAAACUGUUAUCGGCGAAACAAAACUUCGAACGGGCAAAGUUCAAAUAACGACUGCCGACAUUGGAUACUGCGAUCAGAAUGUCUGGCUCCCAAACCUCUCUCUCCAAGACAAUCAUGAUAUUACCCAGCUUGAACAAGGGAGUAAGACACUCAUCGGGCCAAAUGGCUCGAAAUUGAGUGGUGGUCAGCGGCAGCGAUUAGCACUUGCCAGAGCGCUCUAUCCAUUCACGCCAAUUAUUGUGUGUGAUGAUAUUCUGAGUGCUUUAGAUCGAACGACCACAGCCCGGCUGUUCAUAAACGUAUUCGGGCCAGAGGGUAUCCUUAAAGCCCAUGGUCGAACUGCUAUUUUGGCUUCACAUGCUGUUGAAUGGGUGACCUUUGCCGAUCAGGUCGUCGACGUAAGUCCACAGGGUACCGCACAGGUGUACAAUGGCAGCGAUGCUAUUUCUCUUUAUGCGCAGAGCGCAAUUCCAUCACAUCACAAUGCGCAAAUACCUGGUAGGGCAGAAGCAGCGCCAGUGCCUGAAAAUAAGGAUCUCGAAUAUGCUUUGCAGGAUACAAAAAAUCCUGCGAGCAAAAUGAACCGCUUACAGUACAGAUAUCUCUUCCAGGCUGUGCCACGUCGGCUAGUCGUUUUGUUCUGUGGUCUGAUUGCGAUGGUGGCAUUUUUAGAAAAGUUUCCUGAGCUUUAUGUACGAAUCUGGGUCGAGUUGGAUGCUACUAAUAGGAAUCUGAUAUACGGCAUGAUUGGACUGGGAUUCUUUGCGAUUCUCAUUAAUGGUGCUGCUGCCUGGCUGUGGCAACUGGUUAUUAUGCCGAAAAUUGCAUCUAGCUUACAUGCGGUAUAUCUAUCAAAAGUGAUGAGUUCUACUCUUCCAUUCCUUACAUGUACAAGCAGCGGUGUCCUAUUAAACCGAUUCACUCAGGACAUGAGCCUUCUAGCUCAAGAAAUGCCAAUGGCUCUCUACGGCACACUUUACUUAUCGGGGAUCAUGUUGACAAAUGUCGGUCUUAUUGUCAGCGGAGCAGAUUAUGCGAGCUUGGUUAUUCCCGCCAUCUUCGUCAUACUAUAUCUUCUCCAGGCGUUUUAUCUCCGUACAUCACGACAAAUGCGAUUACUUGACCUCGAAGCAAAGACGCCCCUAUAUGCCAUCUUAACGGACACAAUUGCAGGUCUUGAACAUAUCAGAUUCUUUGGCUGGGAUGCCCAAAUUCUCGAUGAAAGCUCACAGCUGCUUGACCACUCCCAGAAGUCCUUCUACUAUAUGAUAUCCAUUCAAAGAUGGCUAUUGUUAGUUUUAGAUCUUCUUGGUGUUGUAAUAGCUACAGUGCUCAUAACCACUUCCCUCAUAUAUACGAAUACUACGUCGCAGUCUGGGUUGGGACUCUCUCUGCUCAGUCUAGCACAGUUUAGCGCACUCAGCAAAGCGCUCAUUGAGAAGUGGACCACUUUAGAGACUUCUCUUGGAGCAGUCAUGCGUUUACAAGAAUUCGCCAUGAAUACACCAAGUGAGAAAGAUGACGAUGAUGUACAGCCAAUGCCGGAUGAAUGGCCGUCUAAGGGUCAAGUUGAAUUUAAAUCCGUCACUAGCAAAUACAGUCCACAACCUAACACGCCUCUAGCAUUGGAAGGUAUCUCCACUGUAAUUGAUGCCGGCCAAAAUGUCGUCAUUGUUGGGCGAACCGGAAGUGGUAAGAGUAGUGUCAUACUUACUUUACUCAACUUUCUAGAGAUGAGUGGACAGAUUCUAGUUGAUGAUGUUGACAUUGCGAAGCUGCCAAAAGACGAACUCCGACGUGCUAUUACUACUAUACCUCAAGAACCAGUGGAGCUUCCCGGUUCUGUACUUAACAGCGUUUUAUCAUUCGAUUUACUGAAACCGGAAGGCGAAGGUACACUUCAUGAUGUCGCAAUUGAGGAAGUUCUCAGUGAACUUGGUCUCUUAGACCACGUCAACCAACAUGGUGGAAUUGAGGCCCCUUACGAGGAUAUGAACUUCUCUGCUGGCCAAAAGCAAUUAUUGAGUAUUGCAAGGGCGAUGUUACAUCGACUCGAAUAUGCUACAAAGCUCAUCUUGAUGGAUGAAGUAACCAGCAAUAUGGAUUACGAAUCGGAACGACGAGCCCACCAUGCUAUGAAUGUUGCGUUUGAUGGUUGCACGCGGGUCAUGAUAUCACACAGACUGUCUGGAUUCACCAACUGCGACAUCGCUUUGACACUAAGCAAUGGUUGGCUUGUCAAUACGGAGCGCAUCGCAAGAGCCCCCGUCGCUCAGCCUGGUUCCCCUGGCCCGUCAACAGCAAUUGAAGAACAAAACGCAAAGUCUUCUGGUCCACUAAAUGAGUUUCCACCUGGAUGGAUAGCCUCUGGGGAUGUUGGCGCCAGGAUCAAAAAUUUCAAUACCGAUACGUCGUCAAGUGGUUCUUCGGACGAGGCAGAUGGUGGUCAGCCCUCAAUAACAAUGAGGCGUGCAAUGAAGGCGUCGGUCAGAAAAUUGAGACAGGAAAGAAAUUGA